CCGAGCUGCUGCGGCAGUAGCACGCAAUCUGAGACGCCAAUGCUGUGUGCGCAUUCUGGACUUGUGAAGACUCCCACUCAACGGUUGUCCUGACUCCUUACUCUCCUUACCACCAAUGCCACCAUCUUCGGCAAACGUAUGGAGCGACAGUAAGUAAAGAGGCGGCAAAAAUGGGAGUUGGGUUUUUUGAAGUCCUCUCGGGCCUCUUUGGCUGGGUCUACACGCUGUGUUGGUCGCUCAGUUUCUACCCGCAGCCGCUGCUCAACCUCAAGCGCAAGUCGACGUCCGGCACCACAGUCGACUUCCCGCUCAUCAACUGCCUGGGUUUCCUAUCCUACCUGGUAUCCAACCUAGCCUUCUACUACAGCCCGGUGGUGCGAGAGCAGUAUGCGGCGAGGCACGACGGCCACACACCUGCCGUGGCCUUCAACGACAUCGUGUUCGCAGCGCACGCCCUGCUCCUCUCGUUGAUCACGACGUCGCAGUACAUAUUCCCGGGGCCGUGGGGGUUCUCGCCGUCGGCGGGCAACCGGCCCAGCAGGUUCAUCACGGGCACAGCUUUGGGGUGCGCAGCUGGGGUCUUGGCGGUGGUGGUCCUGAUCGGGGGUUCGGAGUCGCCCAGCGGGUCUGACCGAGCGGCCACAUCGUGGUGCUGGCUGGACGCCGUGUACGCGGUGGGCUACGUGAAACUGUGGAUCACGCUGAUAAAGUACACGCCGCAGGUGGUGGCCAACUUCCGGAACAAGAGCACGGUCGGCUGGAGCAUCUGGCAGAUCCUGCUGGACUUCUCGGGCGGCGUGCUGAGCAUUGCCCAGCUCGUCAUCGACAGCUCGCUGCAGGGCGACUGGGGCGGCGUCACGGGCAACCCCGUCAAGUUCGCACUCGGCAAUGUUUCAAUGUUGUACGACCUUGUCUUCUUUGCGCAGCAUUACGUCCUGUACAGAGGAAACGACGGCGGCAAGAACGGCGAGAGGGAAGCUCUGCUGGAGAACGGGGAGGCACAUGGGCGGAUGGACUGAGGGCAUCUUGCAAUGCUACGCCCGACGGCCGUGGAUCUAGUGAUGUGGAAUGUUGCACAGUGGAUCUUUGCAUUGAUGUUCGCAAGUUCCUACAGAUCUACACCCAAUGCUGUGACGAUAGACUGUUUAGAUGGGCGGUUCUUUACAGUACUCCUGGGGCAUAUAGCCUGGAUAAUGACCCUACUGUUCCACUAUCUUGCCGACAUAUGGACCAUGGUGCUACACCGGAACCAGAUCCUGUUUCACAUGACAACAGGGACAGAAUACUGCCCGGGCUCCUGGGCUUUGGGGGCCCCCUGCCGCGAUCUUGUCCCGUCUUAACCUUUGGCCUUGCUUCCUCUCUCGCCACUCCAAAGCCCAGGAAUCAGGCCACUCUGACCGCGGCAAAACCACAUGCCUGCAUCUCUAUGAGUCACCCCUCAACCCUCCAGCCUGCUGGGUCGAGCAUCAGUCCCUAUCCGGGGACGUGCUGGCGGCGUGGUUGUGGAGCACGUUAAACAGCAGCAUGCAGCAAAGCAUGGCCGUCCACAUACACACACGGGCGCCAUCAUUUCCAAUAAUGCGCAGCACCACGGUCUGAUUGAAGGCAAAUUGAAGUCAAGCAGCUGCCAGUUGGUCGAGGGCGACCUGCCUGCCUGCAUGGCCGGGUGGUAGUGCGCCGGAGCAACCGGACUCACGAGGUAGAGGAAGAAGAAGCGGUGCGCGGCUGAGAUCCUAGGCUGGGACGUCCGUGUUAGAUAUUUUGGUUUGGAAAAUGUCGUGAUGGCGGUGCUUGAUUCGUGGCUUCCGCUAUCCAAGACGAUGUCUCAUUUGGGUGAUAUAAUACUCUAUCUGUGCAUAUGAUCCCUCCCACCCCCCGGCUUUUCCCCAACCGACGCGUUCUCUCCCCUGGACUUUUAUCUCUGCGUUCCAUUCAGGCAAGCUUUUCCUCCCGGACCAGGCACUGUCACAUCGAGCCGAGCCACGGUCGACGUUGACUCUGGCGGAAUUAACUUUGAGCUCGUGAAGUCGACCGCAGACUGCUCCAGCGGACACCCUCGCUGAUUUAUGCAGUCAGCGUUGCGCCCGGCAUAUAUUCAGAUGAAUUAGAUUCGCGGAACGUCUGCCAUGCGUGGUCAUCCGAUCUGGACCAGCCGGUUCGUGAACAGUGAUCAACAAAAACUUUGGGCACAACACUUCGCGGUAGUCCACCGCUGACCGGGUCGAGGUUGCAUUCGCGGAGUGGGCCCGGGAAGUUUCUCACCCGCAGAGGACCCCUGUGCUGCUCAAGCCAUCAUCAUCACCACGGCCGCGAACAUCACCAAGACCAUGACCAUAGCCAUGGCUGUGGACCUCGCUCGCUGGCUCAAGUAGGGCCCCUCUCUUCUCCAUUCGACUGAUCAGAUCGGCAAAGACCAGAUCCGAUCUUGACGGGACCACAGCACGAAGGAUGCGAAAAUCUGUGGCCCCGGCUGAAGCACCAGCGCCAGCAGCCACUCGAUCCUCGAGCCGAAAGACUCUCGAGGUCGGGACAGUUGGUAGCCUUUCUUGUCCCGUACCACCGAUACAUCUCGACGUCCCGAGCAUUGGUUGUGUCACCCAAUCCACGGUUUUAGGCUGCGGGCCAGCUCCCCCGGCCGUCCAGAUCAACCAAUCUCGCCUCAAGCACGCCUAAUUAACGCAGCCACGGUGGGUCCCCGAAACGGGAUGGUACUGUACCCAGGUAGGUAGCUCAGUGUGACCGGUCUAGCAUGUACAUACGUGGAUACCAUGUGUUUACACGGACGAGUAAGGAUGGAUAUGUAAGUAAGAGCACACUAGAGGUUAACUCAGCCCUUGGGAUGCCCCAUUGAUGAUAGCGCAUGAUGGCUGGCUGGAUGGAUCCGUUCCGCCGCUUUCUUCGCAGCAACUCUGUCCGCCAGGGGGAAAGAGACAAAAAGGCAAUUUGACGGCUGCACCGUUGCGUUUUGCGCACAGGCUCAGGCACGCACCGCUGCCACGAGGGGUCGUCUUGGAGCCUGAAGAUUUCGGCACAAAAAAAAAAGACGAAA